AUGUCAGAUUUCGAGGAAUUUGAGAAGCAGCUGAGCCAGAAUCGACAAGGUGAGAAGCGAGAAAGAGAUAGACACAAAAAGAGGAGUCGCAGUGGAUCUCCAGUCCGAGGUGACAAACACGGCAGCCGGAGCAAAGACAGAGGGAGCCGCAGCCGAGAGAAACAAAGCCGGAGCAGGGACAGGAAGAGCCGGGACCGAAGGAGCUCGUCCCGGGACCACAAGAAGCACAGUCACUCUCCAAGGCGAACAAGGAAGAAAAAGACUAGCAAAUACUGGGACGUUCCUCCUCCUGGCUUUGAAAAAAUCACACCAAUGCAAUAUAAAGCUAUGCAAGUGGCCGGGCAGAUACCGACAAUUGCUCUGCUGGCAACAUCCACCACCACUGGAGUGGCUGCAGGACCGACACAAGUGCCCAUAGUUGGGAGUCAGAUGACAAGACAAGCCAGACGCCUCUAUGUUGGAAAUAUUCCCUUUGGGAUGACUGAGGAGUCCAUGGCCGAGUUCUUUAAUGCUCAGAUGCGGCUCGCAGGCCUUUCACAAGCUCCAAGUAACCCUGUACUCGCUGUGCAGAUUAAUCAGGAUAAAAACUUUGCUUUCCUUGAGUUCCGGUCAGUAGACGAGACGACGCAGGCUAUGGCCUUCGAUGGAAUCAUUUUCCAGGGUCAGUCUCUGAAGAUAAGACGACCUCACGACUAUCGACCUUUGCCAGGUAUCUCAGAGCAGCCAGCAUUCCAUGUCCCAGGUGUGGUCUCCACUGUCGUUCCUGAUUCCCCCCAUAAACUGUUUAUUGGAGGCCUGCCCAACUAUCUAAAUGACGACCAGGUGAAGGAGCUCUUGACUUCAUUCGGGCCCCUCAAAGCGUUCAAUCUCGUGAAGGACAGUGCCACGUCGCUGUCAAAAGGUUACGCCUUUUGUGAAUAUGUCGACAUCAGCGCCACGGAUCAGGCUGUCGCUGGGCUCAAUGGAAUGCAGCUGGGAGACAAAAAGCUGAUCGUCCAAAGGGCGAGUGUCGGGGCUAAAAACGCCAACCUUACCUCCAUCAUAGAGACCCCAGUGACGCUGCAGGUCCCGGGGCUCCAGAGGCUGCAGAACUCUGGGAUGCCCACGGAGGUGCUGUGCCUUCUCAACAUGGUGAUGCCCGAGGAGCUGGUGGAGGACGAAGACUACGAGGAGAUCCUGGAAGACAUUCGCGAGGAGUGCUGCAAGUACGGCAGCGUCCGCUCCAUCGAGAUUCCCCGACCUGUCGACGGUGUGGAAGUCCCCGGCUGCGGAAAGGUCUUUGUGGAGUACGUCUCUGCUGCCGACUGUCAGAAAGCCAUGCAAGCCCUCACCGGCCGCAAGUUUGCCAACAGAGUGGUUGUCACCAAAUACUACGACCAUGACAUGUAUCACAGACACGAGUUUUAA